GAGAAGAUCCGCCCCCUCUGUGAUUCAGGUUUAGCCCUUUUGCAGGUUUCCCUGCACAUUUUCUCAGCCUGACAUCGACGGGACCGGUCGUUAGUCAGCGAUAAAACCCUUAAAAACAUAUGGAAAUAGGGAGAGAAAACAGGGGGGCAUCUCUCAACAACGGCCACACUUGCUCCUCUCCUCUCCCCCUCCUCAUAUGAGCUUUUUAAGAGGGAGGGCAGGGUUGCUUGUGCAUCUCAUCGUUUCCUCAUCUGGCGUCCGAGGGCACAGUCGUGUGUGAGCCAUGACUCUGAGCUCAGAGAUGUCGGAUGCCUCUAUCCUCUCGGAGGAGACCGACAUAGACGUGGUCGGCGAAGGGGAGGAUGGAGACAACCAGACGCGCUCUUACGUGGACGAGGUGGCGCAGAUGCACGACGGCAUCCUCCUGGACGGCUCUCCUCCUCCGUGCCUGGACAGCUCCGGCUCCUCAAGGGAUAGCUACAAACCCGCGGGCAAGAACACCCUUGUGAAGCCCCCUUACUCCUACAUCGCCUUAAUCACCAUGGCCAUCCUGCAGAGUCCCAAAAAGAGGCUGACACUCAGCGAGAUCUGCGACUUCAUCAGCAGCCGCUUCCCGUACUACAGGGAGAAGUUCCCGGCCUGGCAGAACUCCAUCAGACACAACUUGUCUCUCAACGACUGCUUCGUGAAGAUACCAAGGGAGCCCGGGAACCCGGGGAAGGGCAACUACUGGACCUUGGACCCGGAGUCGGCUGAUAUGUUUGACAACGGGAGCUUUCUGAGGAGGAGGAAGCGCUUCAAGCGGCAGCAGGCGCAGGACUUGCUGAGGGAACACAACACUUUUAUCCCCGCAGCUGCUGCGUAUGGGUACGGACCGUACGGCUGCGGAGGAUACGGCAUCCAGCUCCAGUCCUACCACACACACUCUGCACUUUUUGCGUUUCAGCAGCAGCAGCAGCAGCAGCAGCCCAGGCAUUCACAUGCACACACGGGAACCAUUAUCCCUGCACCGUCUUUGAUGCCAACCAGCACGGACUUAGCCAGGAGCAGGUUUUAUCCCCAGCUCGGCUCCAGUCUGGGCUCGGCCACCGUGCAGGCUGCAGCCCCGUUGCAGAAGUCCAGCUCUCCGGUGCAGCGGUCUCCCUUCUCCAUAGAGAGUAUUAUCGGGGGGUCACUGAGCCCCUCCAGGACUUCUCCCGCCGUUAUCCCGGUCUUACCGUCCUCUUUGGGGCCUCCAUCGGCCAGCCAGGCGCAGACCGUGCAUCCCGGAGCUGUUUUACACCCGGUAGAAAACUUUACAAACAGAGCUGUCGGCGGCACUAGCGACUGUUAAAUGUCUUAACAAACUUUUCAAGACACUAAAAAAAAAGAAAAAAAAAGAAACUGCAACAAAAACAAAAAAAC